UUUGUUCCCCUCCAAAUCCUUUUUGAUCCUAACAUUCGACAAGUCAUGACACGUUUAUUUGCACGCUCUCGAAAAAUCCAAUUGAAUUUGCGGCCAUUUUUCUCAUAUCGUCAUUUUUUUUAUGUCUCCUUGUGAAUUUACAACGCAAAAUUUCCGUAAUGUUAAUGGAAAAAUUGUUUAUUUAGAUGUAAACAAUGAAAAAGAAAAAGUAUUAAAAAUAGUUGUGAAUGCAAGUGAUAAAAUACACGUUACAAAAGAAAUUGUCAAAUUUUUUAUAUUUCUUGUCACGUGUUUCUUGUUAAAUCAUUUUGUCUACAUUUUCAUUUUGUCAAUGCUUUUGGUUUGGCAUUAUGUUAAUUUAGCCACUAUCGUUAUAACAGAUUCCAUAUUAGUAGUAGAAUCAGUGGGAGUUCAGAUUUUAAGUAAACGCCGCUUUUUCGGACUUCACGCCACUGAAUUUCUACCAUGGAAUAUAAUUCAAGAUAUAUUCAUUAAUGAAGUAAUAAUAGAGAGAAGAGUCCUCUAUUAUUUAACAUUUAUUGUGAAAAAUGAAAAUGAUGACUCAAAUCCAGUUCGAUUGGUUCCUCUCUUUCGAAAUACGAGGCCUGAGAAGAAAUGUCUAGAAUUCAUUUAUCAUCAAUUGGCAGUUUUCAUCAAACCAGGCAAGAAAAGUUGACAUAAAAGUAUUUAUUACGCAAUUAGUAAUUUUUAUUAUUUAUAAUACCAAAUUUUACCGGUAUUUUUCAAAUAUAUAUUUUAUAAGCAAAUUUUACAAUACAGAGUAAUUUUACUCUAAAAUUUUCUUUUUACAAUUUAUAUUUUCAACGUAAUUUUUACAUUCUUUCAUUUCACAAAAAAAAAGUUUUACUUAAAUAAAUUUAAAAAAAAUGGACCAUUAAUAAUGAUAUUUCGUCAAAGUCUGAAUUUAUUGCCCAUUGGUAUUUAAUAUAUAUAUAUAAUAUAUUGAAAUUAUAUUCAAUUUUUUAACUAUGGUGUUCAAAUUUGAAAGUAUUGCUAAAAAAAAAAUUUAUUGCUACUCGUUUGAGCAAAAUUAAUAUUUUCUCAUAAAAUAAAACGAAAAAAAACCGUAUUGCGUUAUAAAACAAAAUGGUCAAAAUAAAAUGUGCUUAUUGAAAAAAAAGUUUAAAGACAAAUUUAAAUUAUUCAAAUAAUUAUUUUUAAUAGAGAUAAUUUUGUAAAUAUUAAAUUUAUUUAUUAAACAUUUUAGAAAAAUAAUUAUUUUUUCAUUGAAAAAAUUUUAAAUAAGAAUGCAUUAUUUUGACCAAUUUGACGUUCAGAUGCGUUUAACAAGAAUUCAUCUUGUUAAAGAAAAACAAACUGUUAUUUAGGAUUUGCCAUUUUUUAUACUUAAAUAAGUAUAAGUUUAUUGUAUUAUACACUUCGCAACUCCAAACUAAAUAUUGCCAAAGGUAACGUUAUCAAUGUUUACUAUAAUUUUUUUAUGUAUUUUAUAAAAUUAUUUUGUAAUAAUUUUUUUUAUAAUUAUUAUUGAUAAUUAUUUGAGGUUUAAUAUUGUAAAUCUUAAUUAUUACAUUAUUUCUACGAGCUGUGGGUUUUUUUAUUUGUUGUGACAAUGUAACAAAUUAUAAAAAGAGCUGUAUGUUUUGUGAAGAAAUUAAGUUACACAUUUAUUUUUAGGAAUGAAUUUUCGAAAGAUGAGAAAAGUUAAAGCCAGGAAAUGCUUAAAUUCAAUUAUUUCUAAAAAUUUAACUGUUUCUCCUCCAAAAUUCAAUUAUUUUUUUUCUAAAUUAUUUUUCUAUGAUAUGUAAUGGCUUUACCCAUUUAUAUCGCCAGUAGAAAAAAUGUAGAUAUAGAUGAGAGAAAUUAUUGUCCACCAGAAUAAUUUUGCCGUUCUUUAGAAUGGCUGUAAAUUGAUAAAGUUAUCAAAAUAAUCAAAAGAAUUAUUUAUGAGGAAGGAUUCUUCUCUUCUUCACUUCUUUGUACUUUUCAAAGAUAUUAUUGAAUGUCAUUAAAUUCUCAUGAUGAGUCAAAAAUUACUUUUUAACUUAAGUGCUGCUACAUUGCCGCAUUCAAAUCUCGAUGACCAAGAACAGACUGACAAAAAUCAAAACAGUCCUCGUGUUGAAUCGAAAAUUUCAUACGUAGCAGUGAGAAUAAUAUACGUGGUCGAUUUUAUUACAAUUUCUUUUUACAUGCUGUAUAACUAUUUUUAUCUUCAUCAUUAUUGUCAAUAAUAUAUUUAUUUCCUGAUCUUAUAGUGACAUAUUAAUUUUUGUUUGCUCUGCUACUUUGCCUUUUCAGAUAUUUUAAAAAAUACGUUAUCAUUUUACUUGAAAAGUGAAAAUGGAAAUAUUCCAACGUCUUGGAGUUUCGACUAAGUCUCGUCAUUGAGAUGCUUCAGUUAGAGCUUUUUUGAGUCUCUCACAUUUAUUUGCGAUGUUAAUU